AUGUCUGCUUUGCAAAAACAAACCCAGUCAUUACAAGAACUGAACCCGGAGAAGGAAAGUUGGAAUAUCGUUGCAAGAGUUGUAAGGUUAUGGUUUGUUGAAGAUUACACAAAAGGAAAAUCUCCAUUUUCCAUGGAGAUUGGUGUCCUAAUUCAUGCAUCUGUUAGAUGCACACUGAUAUACAAAUUCCAAUCUAAAAUCAAAGAGGAUAAGGUUUACACCAUUCAAUCUUUUAGUGUUUCAUGUAAUGAUGGUUCUUAUAGAACUACAAAUAACGCUUAUAAGAUCAACUUCCAAUUUGGAACCAAGGUCAAUUUGGUUGAAUGUACCUUAGUUCUGAAAAGUAGUACUACGUACACCCCUUUUUCAACCAUCACUGCUCCUGGUUUUGACACAGAUUACUUAGUUAAUGUCAUUGGAAUGUUUACUGGUGUUGGAACAGAGAAAGAGUUAGAGAAAGGUGGCAAGAAGACCAAGAUGAAUGUCAUCCUUAUUGAAUCUGAUGGGAAAAACACUGCUUUUGGGAACUUGCCUAAAGAGUGCAAGAAUGAUUAUAAUAGCAAAUUUGAUCAAUCAUUCAGAGUUAAAAAAGUAUGCAUGGAUGAAAAAGUCAUUGAAAGCUUUAGUGAUGUUGAAGUUAAGUCUUUGGAUUUAUACUCUGGAAAUGAAGAAGAAAGAAAACUUAAGCAGAUUACAAAUGAGAUCUCAUCUGAUACCAUUGUAGAGGAUUUGUUGAUCAAAUUCACUGAAGAAUCAAAUGAUGUUGAUACUCUAAGUGAUGAUUUGAACACUAUAGCAUCAAAAAAUGUUUCUAUAGAGGAGGCAUUGAUCAAUAAAGCGGUAAUUGAUGUUGAAAUUGAUGAGUUAAUGCACAAAGAAUCAGCACAUCUGGACAAUUAUAGCUUUGACUUGGCUACCCUAGCACGUCUCCCGACAACUAAAAGGCAGAAUCGAUCUUUGGUUCAAGAAAACAAGAAGAUCCCAGUGAAGAUGUUGAAGAAGAACAUCAAGAUUGAAAAGUGA